UGUAAAACUUUAAAACCGAUUUCAACCAAAGUGGCAGCGCUCUCUUCGUCGACGUGAUCCUCUCUUUCUCUCAACAUCUCGAUCUUCUCUCGAAAUCUCCCUAUUCGAUCUCUCACAAACGAACAACAAAAGUGAAGAUCCAUGUCAGGCGCCAUUGUUAUUGCAGCGUCAAGCUCAUGGGCAAGAGCCCUUAUAAAGAUCUCCCCUUAUACUUUCUCUGCCAUCGGUAUCGCCGUCGCUAUCGGCGUCUCCGUCCUAGGCGCCGCCUGGGGAAUCUACAUAACGGGAAGUAGUUUGAUCGGUGCAGCAAUCAAAGCUCCUCGUAUUACUUCAAAGAACCUCAUAAGUGUCAUCUUCUGUGAAGCUGUUGCCAUAUAUGGUGUCAUAGUAGCCAUUAUCCUACAAACAAAAUUGGAAAGUGUUCCUUCUUCACAAAUAUACGAACCUGAGUCUCUUAGAGCAGGAUAUGCAAUCUUUGCCUCUGGAAUCAUCGUGGGUUUUGCAAAUCUUGUAUGUGGGCUUUGUGUGGGAAUCAUAGGAAGUAGUUGUGCAUUAUCUGAUGCACAAAACUCUUCACUUUUUGUGAAAAUUCUUGUGAUUGAAAUCUUUGGAAGUGCAUUGGGAUUGUUUGGUGUGAUUGUGGGGAUAAUAAUGUCUGCUCAAGCCACGUGGCCUUCAAAAGUUUGAUUCUUUUUUAUUUUUUGUUAUAGCAAAUGAAGAACAUGAAAUCUUCUAGAGAGUAGAGAGAGUAUUUAGUGACAGUUGAAGGAAUAAUAAAUGCGUGUAUUUUGCUCGGUUUUUCUUGAUUUUUUGUUGUAUGAUUAAUGAAUAAAGAUCGGUUCUCCUGUUUGAAUUC